AUGGUACCCACAAUGCACCGUCUUGAUGGCAAUCGUAUUGCUGCCAACACUCCAUUGGAUCUCAGCAAUUUGCGAUCUCACAAGGAAAAACGUACAUUAAAACGUGACAAAGCUCGUUUGAAACGUUCACAGGCAUCUUCACAAUUGCACAAUAACGAAUCUGAAAUCUCCAAUAACCCCAAACGAACUCCUAUAAUCUUUGCCACAUCACAGCAAAGUCGCUUUCACACUGUAACAUUUGACGAGUUUGGCAAAAAUGUUCUACUGAAUCAAUUUACACUCGCUAUUGGGACCUCGUCAUCCGAUGCAUCUAUCAACGAAGCUGGGGUUGUUGAACUUCUGCGAGACACGCAACUAAAGCUCAAUUACGGCACACGCUAUGGACUUGUUGGACCCAACGGUAUCGGCAAGUCAACGCUUCUUACAGCACUAGCAGACGGCAUAGUUGAAGGACUUCCAUCGGCAUUAAAAGUUUUGUACGUCAACCAAUUGGACAUAUCGUCAUUGACGUCAGAGUCGGCAAUGCAGUCGGUCGUACAGACAGUGUUAAGUGCUGAUACGCGAGUGAAAAAGCUACAUAUGAAGAUCACUCUAUUGCAAAACGCGUUAUCAGAUUCUACAAUUUUAGACAGCGGUGUAAAGAAGUUUUCAACUUUCAAGGCUCAGUUGUUGCAUGCCUUGCUGUCAGUUCAAGUGAUGGAGGCCGAGGAAGCAGAGAAACUUGCUAGAAAAAUUGCUAUAAAGCGCAGUGGCAAACUUGGUAAGAUUGCUAGAUUACAACUAGUGGAAGCUGAACACAAGACGGCAAGUUUACAGCAAAGGCUCAAGUAUACACUUUUAGACGAUGGAAAUCAUGAAAGCGUAAUCACGGCACACGAGACAGACAUUCUACAUGAAAUUCAUUUAAAAAUAAACGAUUAUCAGCAAGAGCUAGAAAUACUGGACGAGACAUCGAUGGAGGCACGUGCACGUCGCAUUUUAUCGAGCAUGAGCAUUGAUUCCGCGAAGCAAGACGCCCCUUUGUCGUCACUCAGUGGUGGCUGGCAAGUGCGUAUACUCUUGGCACGGGUGCUGUUCAUGGAGCCCGACUUUUUGCUGCUUGAUGAGCCGACAAAUCACUUAGAUAUGCCUUCAAUCUUGUGGCUGACGAACUACCUUCUCACAUUAGGCGACGUGCUUCGGACUACGAUCACGCUUGUCGUCGUAUCCCACGACCGAAUGUUUCUCAACACAGUGACGGAAGAAACAAUAUUUUUUCGCGGAUACGACAAAACUUUGGCGUAUUUUGAAGGUAACUACGAUACGUUUGAGCGAUCGAUUGCCAGCAAGCGGCAAUUCAAUGCUCGUCUUCAAGCCAAAUUGGACAAAAAAACCGAACUAAUGAGCGAUAUGGUCUCAAAAUUAAGUCAGCAAGCAACACGAGCUAGAGACGACAAGAAGUUGCACGUUGCAGCCUCAAAAAAAACAAAAAUGAACCGAAUUGGUCUCGAACGAAGUGCAAAAGGGACACGAUUCAAAUUAAACCGAGACCGCGCAGGAUAUCAUCUCACCGAUCGCGAUCAGGCUGAAGAUCAAGCCAAGUACGAUGAGACUGAUGGAAGCUAUAGUGGUUGCUCCGCGUGGCGCAUGCUAUCGUUCAGUCCGCCUCAGAUCCGAAACCUUACCAAGCUGGACAAUACGACUAUGAUUUCAUUUAAAAAUAUUUCGUUUCGAUACCAAACACAAGAAUUAGAGAAGACCAGAGUGCCAUUUGUGAGCAAUCUUAAUAUCAACAUCAAUUUUGGUGAUAAAGUCGUACUUGUGGGUCGGAAUGGUUCGGGCAAAACGACUAUCAUGAAACUACUCAGCAGGACUUUGAAGCCAGAAAGUGGCCAGGUUGAGUAUUUCCACGGAGCUCGGAUCGCUUCAUUGAUGCAGCAUGACGUCGAACACCUGAAGCGUCAAGAAUGGUCUCGAGAUCUUACUCCAUUGAAGCUGCUGCGUACAAAGCUGAAACUGGAUCAAGCAGGACUAUUGGCAGAGUUUGAAGGUGGUAACAUUUCUGUGAGUGAUGGCAAUAUACGUGGCCAUUUAAGUACUUUUGGCAUCAGUGGAGAAACUGUUGCUGCAGUUCCUAUUCACUCUCUCUCUGGUGGUCAAUUGGUCCGUGUCUGUUUAGCAUAUGCUACUUUUCCAUUCCCUCCUCAUGUUUUGCUUCUUGAUGAACCCACAAAUCAUUUGGAUAUGAACACAAUUCAAUAUUUGGGAGAGGCUCUUCGAAAAUAUAAAGGAGCGGUGGUACUCAUAUCGCACGACUUGCAUUUUCUCAACAUCGUUACGAACAAAAGCGAGGUUUUGAACGGGGAUCAUGUUCAAGAGGAUCAAGCGUGCGGUCGAGUACGUGUAUAUGAGGUGGAAAAGAAGAAGAGUGUGGUGACUCUCGAACCUUUGAAGGAUGUGGAAGUAUACAAAGAAAAGGAAGCGAGGCUUAUGCGCUUGCUAAGUCGCUUUUAA